AUGGCAGGCACAAAAUGGAGAAAUCAAACAUCUGUCACUGAAUUCAUCCUCCUGGGAUUCGGGGAUCUCCCUGAGCUGCAAAUUCUUCUCUUCCUGCUGUUUCUUGUGAUCUACAUUGUGACCGUGGCUGGAAACAUCCUCAUUGUUGCGCUAGUUGUGACUGAUCAGCACCUUCACACCCCCAUGUACUUCUUCCUGGGGAACUUGUCCUGCCUGGAGACCUGCUACACCUCCACCAUCCUGCCCAAGAUGCUGGCCAGUUUCCUGACUGGGGACAGAACCAUUUCUGUUAGGGGCUGCAUUGCACAAUUUUAUUUCUUUUGUUCUUUGGCAGCUACAGAAUGUUACCUCCUAGCAGCGAUGUCUUAUGAUCGGUAUUUAGCAAUAUGUAAACCCCUGCAUUAUGCACCUGUUAUGAACAGUAGGUUUAUCCUCCAGCUAGCAGCUGGGUCUUGGAUACUGGGAUCACUGGCUUGUAGCACAGUAAUAUAUUUGAUGUCACAGCUAAUUUUCUGUGGUCCCAAUGAAAUUGACCAUUUCUUUUGUGAUUUCACCCCAAUCAUAAAACUCUCCUGCAGCGAAAACCACCUCGUCGUACUCCUGGAUUCCAUCCUGGCCUGUGUAUUCACUCUGCCACCAUUUCUGCUAACUGUGAUAUCAUAUAUUUUUAUCAUCACCACCAUCCUGAGAAUCCCUUCAAUCACCGGGAGGCAAAAGGCCUUUUCCACCUGCUCCUCCCACCUCAUAAUUGUUACAAUUUUCUAUUUGACCCUAAUGAUUGUUUAUAUGUUGCCAAAAACCAACCAGCUGCGGGCCUUUCACACAGUGCUCUCUGUUGGCUACACAGUUGUGACCCCCCUGGCCAACCCACUCAUCUACAGCCUGAGGAACAAAGAGGUGAAGGAGGCACUGAGGAAAGUGGCGAGUAAAUUGGUGCCUUUCACAUGCCAUCACACAAAUUGA